AUGUAUAUUAUAAGCAAGAAAGAGUCAUAUACUGAGAAAGAGUUAGAUAAUUUCGAGUCAAAAGUAAUCCUUUUGAAAAAGUCAAAAAAUCUACCACACACUAAAUUAACUGAAGGCUUGUUACAAAUAAUUUUUGUAUUGGAUACCUUCUUGAAUACUUCUUCGCAAGAUUCUGAAAGUGAUGACUUCUGUAUUAUAGUUUACGAGACUGUACAUCUAAACAAUGGUGAAAUUCUGCGAAAUUCAGAAGAUUUCCAGAGCAAAAAGUGGUUUAGUAAUGUUUCAGUUACUUCCGCAGAAGACCAGAAUGAAUCAGUUGAUG